CUUUCAACGGCAGUGCUGCAGGGAAGAAAGAAAGUGUGGCGGAAAGUUGCGGAGAAUACAAGAGAGGUUGCCGUCCUGACGGAAAGAAAAACAAGCCCUUCUUGGAAUAAUCUUUUGUGUAAAACUCGACAGGUUUUUGACUACAGGAGGCCAGGAUGUCCAUGCAAUUGGGUGAGCUCGAUAGCGGGGUGACGAAGGUGACUGAGUGGCAGGAGACGAGGUACGCAUAUGAUUCGGGGAUCCAGUCUGGAGCCAACACUGUCAGAGAUGAUGACGGUGACUUAACCACAUCCAAGCAGUACACCGUGACCACCACCGUCACAGCAGAACCGCCAGACUCCCAGUACGUGUUGACCAGAGGCCAGCGGGUGCGGGCCGCCAUGUUUCCAGAGACGCUGGAGGACAGCACGACCAUCUUGACUACAACCCAAACAGAUCCGUCCCAGCUGACCAACGUCCAACGGCUGGCGGAGCCCUCCCAGAUGCUGAAGGCAGCAAUCAUUCAUCUGAUCAACUACCAAGAUGACGCUGAGCUCGCCACACGUGCUGUGCCUGAGCUCACCAAACUGCUCAAUGAUGAAGAUCAGGUGGUGGUCAGCAAGGCAGCGCAGAUUGUCAACCAGCUCACGCGCAAGGAGGCCUCCCGCCAUGCGCUGAUGCAGUCGCCUCAGGUGGUGUCUGCAGUGGUGCGAGCCAUGCAGAACACCAACGACAUGGAGACCGCCAGGGCCACCGCCAGCAUCCUCCACAAUCUCUCUCACAAAAGGGAGGGCCUGCUCUCCAUUUUCAAGUCCGGUGGCAUCCCCGCGCUUGUCCGCAUGCUCAGCUCUCCCGUGGAGUCGGUGCUCUUUUACGCCAUCACAACCCUCCACAACCUGCUCCUGCAUCAGGAGGGAGCCAAAAUGGCCGUCCGUUUGGCUGACGGCCUGCAGAGGAUGGUGCCCCUUCUGAAGAAAAGCAACCCCAAGUUUUUGGCCAUCACUACAGACUGUCUGCAGCUGCUGUCUUAUGGCAAUCAGGAGAGCAAGCUCAUCAUCCUUGCCAACGGGGGUCCAGAGGGUCUUGUUCACAUCAUGAGGAACUACAACUACGAAAAGCUGCUGUGGACCACAAGCCGUGUCCUCAAAGUGCUCUCUGUGUGCCCCAGCAACAAACCUGCCAUUGUAGAAGCUGGUGGGAUGCAGGCUCUGGGCAAACACCUGACCGGCAGUAGCCAGCGUCUGAUGCAAAACUGCCUCUGGACACUCCGGAACCUGUCUGAUGCUGCCACCAAGCAGGAGGGAAUGGACAGCCUGCUGCAGGUGUUGGUCAACCUGCUGAGCUCCGAUGACAUCAACAUGCUCACCUGUGCCACCGGGAUCUUGUCUAAUCUCACAUGCAACAACGCCUACAAUAAAACUCUGGUCACCCAGAGCAAUGGCAUUGAGGCGCUGAUCCACGCCAUACUGCGCGCCGGCGAGAAAGAGGAUGUGACCGAGCCUGCCAUUUGCGCUUUGCGUCACCUGACGUCCCGCCACCAGCAGGCCGAGAUGGCACAGCACGCUGUGAGGAGGCACUACGGCAUACCGGCCAUCGUCAAGCUGCUCAACCAGCCAUACUACUGGCCAGUUAUCAAGGCUGUGGUCGGCCUGAUCCGUAACCUGGCGCUGUGCCCGGACAACCAGGCCCCACUGAGGGACUCGGGCGCCAUCCCCCGCCUGGUCAACCUGUUGCUGAAAGCCCACCAGGAUGCCCAGAAACAUGGCUCGUCCAACCAGCAGACAUACCAGGAUGGAGUGAGGAUGGAGGAGAUAGUGGAAGGCUGUACAGGAGCUCUGCACAUCCUGGCCAGAGACCCUGUCAACAGAGCAGAGAUUGCCAACCUGCAAACCAUUCCUCUUUUUGUUCAGCUUCUCUACUCGCCAGUAGACAAUGUGAAGCGCGUGGCGGCGGGCGUUCUCUGCGAGCUGGCUCUGGACAAACAAUCAGCUGAGGCCAUCGAUGGCGAGGGCGCGUCUUCUCCCCUGAUGGAACUGCUGCACUCAGACAACGAGGGCAUCGCCACAUACGCUGCUGCGGUCCUCUUCCGCAUCUCGGAGGACAAGAGCGCCGAGCACAAGAAGAGAGUUUCCAGGGAGCUCACACACUCCAUGUUCAAGCACGACCCUGCCGCCUGGGAGAUGGCCCACAACAGCGUCACCAUGGAAGCACCCUACCAAGAUGAACUUGACGCUCCUUUUCAAAACUUCGGCGGCUACGCAGGUGACAUUCCCAUGGACACCGUGGACGCCAACUUGAUGCAUGACGAUUUCGGCGGCAACAUGGUCUACGACAGGCAACAGCAGUUUGAACCUUAUUAAAAGAUCCAAGAGAGAAGAAAGUUUCGGAAAAGUGGGGCGCUGGCCUAGAAUGGAACAAGGGUCUUGAUUCCUUUUAUAUGUAAUAUAUGCAAUUAUCAUUGAGUACGGGACUCCUAAUCUUAACAGGGCUUGCAUAUGUUUGAUAUCCUAACAUUGCUGAGGAUCAUUUACACACGCUUGAAAACGUUUCUAAGAUUGCGUGUAUGUGUGCGUAGAAGUUCAAGUGUGUUUCUGUGUGAGUGUUUCUGCUUUCUUUCGGGUGGGUAAUCUAUGCCAAAGAGAUUUCAUUUUGUGAAGAUCACAUAGAUUGCUUUUUUUUUUUUUCUUUCUUAAAAAGAGGACUAGUUGACAACACUGCCGCAGGUGGAAAAGUGUGAACCUGCUCAUCUUUCUUUUUGAUGCUUUUUAAGAGUCGUUUUGACAAUAUCGCAUCAACUUCGUCCCGCAAAGUGGUGCACGAGGUGCUCGAGUUUGCCACCCAGGCGGAGAACAAAUUGGGGAAGGAGGACACGCCUUUAGGGAAAGGGGAGCAAACGAGAUGCUUCUUUUUAUGAGCUGUUUCUCACAUUUUAUUCUUUUAUAUUUUAUGGGGAAAGGAUUGCAUACUUUGCUUAGCGAGAAUAAUAACACGUGUCAGUUUUAACCGAAAAGAAGAGCUUGUGUGUAACUCUUUACGAUUUGAUGUCAAAACUCUGAUUGACGCAUUGGUUCAACAGAUUGACUGAUUUCUUUUAUGUGGAUUUAAUAUAGUCGGGACGCCAGCUGGAGAAACACUACUGACAGGGAAAUUUGUACUUACAAAGAGUUUUUACUGAAAUUUUGUUAAAUAAAAUUAAAGGAUAUAUUAAACCUA